GACCCACACGCGGUCCGGCGCGGUUACCUUGGGUCGCCGCGGCUGGGUCCGGGAAGCGUCGUGCUCGUGUCCCCGAUUUAGGCCCGACCGGACCUUUCGGUCCCCGACCCGUCGGCAAGAUGGUGAAGCCCAAGUAUAAAGGACGGAGCUCCAUCAACCCCUCCAGGGCCAGCACCAACCCCGAUCGUGUGCAGGGAGCUGGCGGCCAAAAUAUGAGGGACCGGGCCACAAUCCGGCGCCUGAAUAUGUACAGGCAGAAGGAGCGCAGGAACAAUCGUGGUAAAGUGAUUAAGCCUCUGCAGUAUCAAUCAACAGUGGCCUCUGGCACAGUGGCGAGAGUGGAGCCGAAUAUUAAAUGGUUUGGAAACACACGUGUAAUUAAGCAGUCAUCACUACAAAAAUUUCAAGAGGAAAUGAAUGCAGUUAUGAAGGAUCCAUACAAAGUUGUCAUGAAGCAAAGCAAGUUACCCAUGUCUCUUCUCGACAGUCGAAUCCAGCCGCAUAACUCAGUGGUGCACAUUCUUGACACCGAAAGCUUUGAAACAACGUUUGGCCCUAAAUCACAGAGGAAGCGACCAAACUUACUUGCCAGUGACAUGCAGGCUCUUGUAGAAAACGCAGAAAUGUCCACAGAGAACUAUGACCAGGGCAAGGACCGUGACCUGGUGACUGAGGACAGCGGUGUGAGAAAUGAAGCCCAAGAAGAGAUCUAUAAAAAAGGACAAUCCAAAAGAAUAUGGGGUGAGCUCUACAAGGUAAUAGACUCGUCAGAUGUUGUUGUUCAAGUUCUUGAUGCUAGGGACCCGAUGGGUACUCGUUCCCCUCACAUCGAGACAUACUUGAAAAAGGAAAAGCCUUGGAAACACCUCCUGUUCGUUCUUAACAAAUGUGAUCUUGUUCCAACCUGGGCAACGAAACGGUGGGUUGCUGUCCUCUCCCAGGAAUACCCGACUCUCGCCUUCCAUGCCAGUCUCACCAACCCCUUUGGCAAAGGAGCCUUUAUCCAGCUUCUCCGGCAGUUUGGAAAGUUGCAUACAGACAAGAAGCAGAUCAGUGUUGGGUUCAUCGGCUAUCCCAAUGUUGGCAAGAGCUCGAUAAUAAACACGCUGCGCUCCAAGAAAGUCUGCAGUGUGGCACCCAUUGCAGGUGAAACCAAGGUCUGGCAGUACAUCACCUUGAUGCGCCGGAUAUUCCUCAUCGACUGUCCAGGGGUGGUGUACCCAUCCGAGGAUUCCGAGACUGACAUCGUGCUCAAAGGCGUGGUGCAGGUUGAAAAACUCAAAGCUCCCUCGGAUCACAUCGGUGCCGUACUCGAGCGAGCAAAGCCAGAGUAUAUCAGCAAGACCUACAAGAUCGAGACUUGGGAGAACGCCGAGGACUUCCUUGAGAAGCUGGCUUUCCGAACUGGGAAGUUACUGAAGGGUGGUGAGCCCGACCUGCAAACUGUGGGUAAGAUGGUUCUCAAUGACUGGCAGCGAGGCCGGAUCCCUUUCUUUGUCAAGCCACCCAACGCAGAGCCAGCUGCUGCCCCCCAGCUUCCAUCCUCUUCAUCUUCGGAAGUUGCCCCAGAAAGGCCCGAAGAGCAGGUGGAAGAGGACGUGGUUGCCGGCGCUGUGGGCGAAGAGGCAGAGCCUGUCAUGGAGCAGGGGGCAAAGGAGCCCAGCCCGCAGGAGCCCAGCCCGCAGGACCCCAGCACUGAGAUGCAGCAGAUCCUCGCGCGGGUUCGGCAGAAUUUUGGCAGAAUCAAUGUGAUGCCCCAGUUUUCUGGGGAUGACCUGGUUCCUCUAGAGAUGCCUGAUAUUGAAGAUGAUGACGAAGAAGAAGAGCCUGAGGUUUUUUCUGGAGAGGAAGAGGAGGAGCAGGAGACCCUUAAAGAGGAGGAGGAUGACGAAGACAAUGACGAGUCUUCCUCAGAGUUGGAGGAGGAGCCCGCUGGCAGGGGUACCAAGGAGGUCCUUAGGGCCCUGGAUGAGAAGAUUGCAAAAUACAAUAAGUUUUUAAACAAAGCGAAGGCAAAAAAGUUCUCAGCAGUCAGAAUCGCCAAAGGGCUGAGUGAAAAGGUUUUUGCAAAACUUAAAGAACCAAGAAAAGCAGCUGUCGAAGAAGUAGAAGAUACAGCGCCUACCAGGAAGGGAAAGAAGAGGAAGGCCCAGAGGGAAGAGGACCCCUCGAAUCAAGGUGGCAGGAUGCUCACGUCUAAGGAACGAAGGCGAGCAGCCCGCCAGCAGCAGUCCAAAAAAGUUGGUGUACGUUACUAUGAAACCCACAACGUGAAAAAUAGGAACAGGAACAAAAAGAAGACCAAUGACUCAGAGGGACAGAAACAUAAACACAAAAAAUUCAAACAUAAGCAGUAGCAUUUAAGACAUUUAUUAAAUUAUACAAAAAUACGCAAUAGUGUCCAUUUUCUUCAUGUCAAACGGGCAUUUCUAAGGCCAUAGUGCAUUUAUUCUGAGGUUUGACAGUUGAACCCUUUCACCAAUGCUAGUGAAAAUAAAGGUGGAAUCGCCCCAGCCCGAGGGGCUGAUGGAGGUUGUGGGGGAGACAUCUGACACUUAAGUUGACUCUCCUAUGCUUCACAUUGGAACUGUCAGCUAAAUAUCUGAGACAGGAAUGAGGUCUCUAAAAUGGAAAGUGUGGCCUUUAUCUUGUACUCACAAUUAGGAAGAAUUCUAAGAAGAAAAAUUCAAGGAUGUAAUGGGAGCAUAGGUGACCUGGGCUUUGACAUCAGAAAAAACUGCAGCAACGUUCAUCUUUGAGUCUCUUAAGUGGGCUCAGUCAGGACGUGGGAGUCCGAGUGCCUCACCCAGCAGUUCUUGUCUGUGGAGGUGACAGCACAGCCGUCACUGUCCGGGAACAGUUCCUUGGAACGGCAGCAGGGACGAAAGGCUGUGCGUCCGGUCUGCACUCUGCUGGGGGGCGCACGCCUGCGGAGCCCUGCUCUUCUCGUGGACCUGCCCCGCUUCCAUGGAGCCUGGCGGCCCCAGCAACAACACAAGGGUGUCGGCGCAAACUCCCCGACAGAGCUAGGCCCUCUUCCCCCGGCCUCGGGUGAAGAGCAUGCCCCUGCAGCAUUCCAGGCGAGCGGACACGUCUUGGGUCUGGUGCUCCUGAAAUCAGAGCCAGCGGCAGAAGUUGCCCGGCUUGCUGCCCCCAUUGUGCCUGCUCUGCCGAGUCAAGGAUUGAAUGUCACCGAUGGGGUCUUCUGGGUCAACCGAACAAGAGAAGCCCAGCGCCUCCAAACCGAACUUUGCUUGAGAGGAACAGUCAAGAGCAGCUGUCUGCAGGCCGUGGCCUGGUCCCUAAUAAUUAGAACUGUAUGUGGGCCCUGGGCACCUCUCCAGUUGGUAAUUAAACACAGCUAGGGAGAGGGCUGGAGGGUCAGGGUUUGGUUUUCUGCAGAAGAAGGUGAACGAAUCAGAUCAGCGGCCGAGCAGGAUCUGGGGUGUGAGCAGCGCAGAGUGGAUGUUGGAGUCGUUUUUCUUUCCGACACACUGACUGGCUCCAAAGCCGUGACUCAGACUUUGAGCCUCACCUAAGCAGCCAGGUGAUUCGGCAGGUGGGGAUAAGAUGAUACUAAAGCUAAAGCUCCAAAAUGAGGGAUUCUGAGGACUGCAUUGGAGAAGGGAUGCUAAAAAGACAUCAAGAAAGGGAAAGACGGGCCAGAGAAGUUCACAUUAAGGUGUGAGAGAGAUGCAGUGUGGGUACCAGAGAAGCUGCUUCUGUUGGAAACGGGGGGGAUGUGCAAAGUGACGAGCCUUAGUGGUGGUGGUGGUGGCAAGACCCAAGGCUGGCUGUUAGCCUUGGACUGAGACAGCUGCAUCAUCUUCAAGUGCCCGGCGGGCAGCCUGGGUAGGUGGUGAUGGAGGGGGGCGAUAUGGCCUGUUCACGCAGGAAACUAGCUUUUUAUUACAAAGGACUUAGGGUGGGGGAGUAGUGUUUGCCGAGACCCAUGUGGAAAGUAUCACUUCUUUGGUGCAAUAAUGCCUUCCAGUUGGGCCUGAAAAACAAAAACAAACUCCAUUAAUAUUUGAAACUUGCAGCCUAACACAUAGCUGAGAGGUGGUCAGAGCUCUAGGAAGAAGAAUCCCAAGCGCUGUCACUCCAAGUGUUUUUCCCUUCCUCCCCAGAUCCAUGUUUUCUCGAUUAAUUGGUUUCUGGCUUUGGCCGGCCUAAAAUCUUGCUCCACUGGAGCAGUCCUGGUUUCUAUACACUAACGGUGCAGUGUUUAAUAUAAAGCAUUGAAGAGGAAAUCGAAUAAAAGUUGUUGAAAUCAUGGUUUUUCAUGGCUUGGAUUUCAGGCUUGACUGUCUGCUAAGUUAA